CCUGUCUCGGAAAAUAUCACUCUGUUACGACACUGGACUUUGUAAGACAUCAUAAUGGAAGCCGGAAAACUUAUUUGCAUUGCGACUUUGAUUUUGGGAGCUAUAUGUUUCGAACUUGUCCUCGGCCAAAACCAAUGCCAACUGCUAGUCGAACGAAGAUUAGAUUGCUCUGUAUCUGGUGGCGCCGAAGAUUGCGAAAGAGCAGGGUGUUGCUAUGACCCGCAAGAUUACGCCAAUACACCGAAGUGUUACUUCGCAGCUAAUCGACUUCCUUCCUACUCCGAGUGGAAUGAAUGGACAGAAUGCGGACGAACUUGUGGAUCCAGUUCACAACGACGAACAAGACGGUGUCUGUAUUGGGAUAGAAGGGUCGCCCCAAGAGAACUCUGUCAAUCUGGAAGCACUGCAGGAACACUCAUAGAACAACAGGCUUGCAAUAAUGGAGAUUGUCCUGAAGUAACACCUGGAACGUCUUGUGUUGAAUUGCCCCGCCAUACUGCAACUUGUCGUGCACGAACACGGGAUUGUAGAAACGAUACAGCAGUUGCGAGAAGAUGCCCGAUAACUUGUGGGUUUUGUCCUUCAGUGUCGACGACAGCAGCUUCUUGCUCGGACAGUAACCCUUUGUGCCCUGGGUUCCAACGGUUUUGUCAAAGCCUUGGGUAUGUAAGAGACUUGUGCAAAGUAACAUGUGACAACUGUGGCGAUCAAGCAGGGGGUAAUGGGCCAUCAGCCUCUACAGCUUCAACAACAACUACUACGACUCCAGCACCUACAACAACGACCACCACACCCGUGCCGACAAGCCACCCGUUGCAUAUUUGCAUUGAUGAAUACCCAACAUGCUAUCGGGUUACUGAACUUUGUAAUCACCCACGACAUCGAAGUGAUGCAUUGAAGCUAUGCAGAAGAACCUGCAACUUGUGCCAUCUAGGUACAACAACGACAACUACUACAACAACAACAACAACUACCACACCCACCACAACCACAACAACGACAACUUUACCUACCACAACAACUCAGUUAUUAACACUUCUUACAACUCCGAUGCCCACAACACUAAGAGAACUAAUUACUUCGGGCGACGAGUGUUCGAACCUGUUGGAGGACGAGCAAUGCGAAGAAUGGGAAUCCUACUGCGAGGAGUACGAAAACAUCAGAACAGUUUGCAAAUAUACAUGCGGAUGUCCGGAUUCAGAAGGUAGCAGGUCGGUUCCUACACCAAGAACACAGGCAAGUACAACGACGACAACGACACAACCUACUACAACGACGACAACAACUACACAGCCUCCUACAACUACUACAACAGAAGCAACCACAACGACGGCGUUGCCUCUUAUAGGUGAUUUCAAAUGUUCGGGUUUCGACCGUCGCGGCCGCCCAUGUAAAAAGCAUUUACCCCCGGCGAUUUUUCCAGAGUGUACAGACGCCUGGCAUUACUGCAGAGAUUUGACAUCCCUUUGCAACCAGCCGACCUUGUACCCAGGGGUACACAAUAGUUGUAGGCGGUCGUGCAAUAACUGCCCGACAAGCACUGUACAGACGCCCAUACAAGCUACAACUGAAAGUACAACAACUUCUACAACACUACUACCUCCAGUAAUUCCAACACAACAACAAACAAUACCUCAAACACCACCCCCCACACCACUUUUACCAACAACAACAAUACCACAAACACAACCACCUACAACAAUCAUUUUAGCUACAACACAACCCCCAACAACUACAAGUGUUAUAAGAGAUGCUUCAGCCAGAAGUCAAGUUGCAGAUUGUGUUGAUACAAUUCCGCAUUGUGUUGAAAGUCUUUGUAACCAUUCAACCUAUGGUUCAUAUUAUAGAGCUACAUGUCCAAAUACUUGUGGGGUUUGCACAGACCGACAAGAAGCAACAGAAGCACCUACAACAGAACCCCCAACAACAAUUCCUGCAACCGACCCACCAACAGAACCCCCAACAACAGAAACAACAACAAUUCCUACAACAGACCCACCAACAGAACCCCAACAACAACAACUCCUCCAACAGAAACAACGACAGAAGAACGGUCUGGACCGCCAGUGAUUUGCUCUGAUCAAUUGAACUCCUGCAAGAGAUAUACAAAUAACACACGAUGGUGCAAUGUGUUUACAUUCCUAAAAACUAGCUGUCCAGUUGUAUGUGGGACUUGCCCACCAGGAAGUAUUAUAACAG